AUGUGGCUGAUAUGCAAACAUGAUAGGAGAUACUGUGUGAUUAUUGGGACAGUUUUUUUUUUGUCGACAAUCUAUAUUUAUUAUAAGACAUCUUCUUUUAAAUACUUUACUAAAGAAGCUAUUUUUCAUGAUAUUACAGAAAAAAAGUCAACUAUUGCAAAUUGUAACUUAAAAUUUAAUGGAUCUCUAGAUGACUCAGGGAUAGAUUUUGCUGGUAAAGUAGAUUAUUUAUACAAAGACAUUGCAUUUUGUUUGAGUAGUGAACAAUUACGUCUCUAUAAAGUUACUCAAGAUCUUAGACCUAGAUUAAAUACAAAUUAUUCAGGAUAUACAGGUCCAUGGCUGGAAGAUGGGAUAUUUUGCAAUUGGAUUAAGCAGUACAUAUAUAACUAUGAAAAUAGAUGUAACGAAUCAAGCGAAAUACCACCAAUUUAUAUUCCUAUAUUUUGGACAUCUUUAAAUCGUAACAAAGUAAGUAUUAAACAGAGAAGAGAUUGGCUAAAUAAUGCUCAAUAUGUACUAAAUUCAUUGGAUCCAAAUUUAGUUUACUUUACAAUUCUACAAGAUGCAGAAGGUUUUAAAAGAUCUAAAUUGAAACUCAUUAAUAAGUCAAAUAUUAUCGUUUUUAAUUCUGGUGGUGCAGAAACUGGCCUGGUACAAAUUCCCAUACCACUUAUAAAAGGAGAGAUAAGUAUUGAUGAAAAAUACAGGUAUAAAGAUAUUUUUGCAUCAUCCACAAUAAUAAAAAAGCAUUUUCCCGUUAGAAAGAAAUUAUUUGAAGUGAUCAAGUUUGUCAAUGCGACAAAUUUAUCAAGUGAUCUUAAUAUUACUAGUUCAGCAAUAUUAGAUGGUAAAUUUGUGCAUUAUGAAGGGCCAAGAUUUAGGGAAAUAAUUCAACGCUCACUAUUUCACUUGUGUCCUCGUGGUUUUGGUAGAACAUCAUUUAGACUAUAUGAAACAAUACAACUAGGUACAAUACCAAUAUAUAUUUGGGAUGAUAUUGAGUGGAUACCAUAUGGUAGUAUAUUUCAUGAAAUUGGUAUAUCACUUCAUGUAUCACAAAUAGAAGAAAUACCCAAUAUUGUGAGUAAUAUGUCACAAAGUGAUAUUAAUAAAAAACUUGAAAAUAUAAUCAAACUCAGGCCUUGGUUUACAUAUACUGGAAUUACAUACUAUAUAUUGAAUAUACUAAAGAAACUACCAUUAAAGUAUUUACAAAAGCUGAGAUUUUAA